GAUUUGCAUCUUACAUAUAACCUCCGCACGCAAGCCCGUCCGUGAGCUGCGAGCAGCUGGCGCAGUUGGCCCUUUCUUUAUGCCCACGCUAGCACCCCAGGCCUCCGCUACAUGUCAACAAUGGCUUGAAUAAUACACUCCACAUUUGAGAACCCCGACCAGAAAUGCAGACCGGGUCGCUGGUCAAGUCGCUAGCACAGCAGACUGAGGAGCUCUCUAAAGACCUCGACUCGUUCUCAGAUAGAGCAUUUGAGCUAUGCCGUUUAGCUAAGGAGCUGAAAGAGCGGGCGGGGAAGACCUUUGUGGAGAAGGCGUGCCAAGUGGAGACGGCCGCGGUCGGCGCGCCAUCAUAUCAACUCGACCGCGCCAAGCGGAUGGCGCCAUUUGCGUUCACGGGCUUUGACCGCAAAAUUAACUGGCGUAAGCUGCGUGCGCUCAAUGUAGACAAGGUGGUGUCUGACACGGACACGCGCACGCUGCUGGAGAUGUACGGCGAGCUGGCGUACGCGGACCUGGAGGCGGAGUCGGUGUACGACCUCAGCGAAGCAAACCUGCUCAAGGUGGUGCGGCUGCUGCAGCUGCUGCUGCAGUUCCAGCAGUACCAGCUGGAGCAGGGCCUGGGGGUGCAGCAGCUGCUGCGGGAGGAGCAGGCGGAGGCCGUGGGGCUGCUGCGGCAGAUCCCAAGGCUGCAGAUGAAGGGUUUGCAAGACGGGCUCGGCGCGUUGCAAAGCAACUUCUACAAGGUCGCGGAUGCGGAUAUGGACGCAAUGUUCCAGCAGGUCCGCACCGAGGAGCGCACCGGCGCACGCGACACCGUGGGCCACAACGUGGACCAGGUCAAGCAGGUGCUGGACCCCCGCAUCUUUGGUGGGGGCCAGGGCCCGGCCGGCCCCGGUGAGGCCACCUCCGGGGCCGGAGGCGCUGGAGCAGGCGGAGCAGGGGGCGGCUUCGGCGGCGGCACCUCCACAAGUGCGGGCCACUGGCCGCCGGCCGGCACACAACUACGGUCUGAAAUCCAGAUGCAGCGGGGCAGUGUGCCUGCCGGCGCGAUGGUGGGCCCCGGCGUGGGUGGCAUGAUGGGCGGCAGCGGUGGGGCGGGCGCCAAUGGGGCGGGCACCGGCGCGGGGCCAGGCGUUGGAGCUGGCGGAGGUGGGCCCGGAUGGCCAGGGGGGCCCGGCGGGCCGCCGCCGCCGCCUGCGGUGGUGCGCCCCGCGCAAUCCGUAUCGUCGCUCACCAGCGGCGUGGCGAGGUUGUCAGUAGGGCAGCAGAGGCCGGGGCCGGGAGUGGGGACGUCGUAUGGCGGAACGUAGUGGAGCAGUGGGCGAGGUGAGUCGAGGGGCAAAGCCAGGGGCGAGUUGCGGAACGAGGGCACAUGACGCCAGAACCUACACACCGGACCGUCUUUUGCACUCCAAACUCUUGAAGUGCUACGGUAACCUGUCAGGGGCGAUUGAGAGCCAUAUACUUUCAAGCAUGUGCGAGUCGAAGUGAUCGGGUUCGAGUGGAAGCGGUUGGUCCCGCGGGGCUGUCCCGGGCAGCAGUUGGGUGCUGACUCGGCGUGCAAGCUUUAAGUCCGAACCCCAGCAAGUGAGAAGCUAAAACUAUCCUUGAGCUGCGACAGUGCAAUGAUAGCGCGUUUCUGCGCGCUCGCGCGACCGGUGGGUUCCGACCCGCAGAUGAGCGGCUGGGCAAUUUCUGGGAAAUGAAAGCGCUGCACCUGGAGAUUUUACUAUUGUC